AUGCCACCGACAACGUGGACGCGCGAGCUCACGUUUGCGCUCAAUGGCACUAAAGUCGUGCUGCAGGAAGGCAGCAUCGGCCAGCUGCGGCUCGUCGACUACAUCCGGAACGUCGCGCGGCUCACCGGCACCAAAGUCGCGUGCGGCGAGGGCGGCUGCGGCGCGUGCACCGUCGUGCUUCGUCACCAAAGCGUGACAUCGUCGCAGCUCGUGACGCGCGCCGUCAACGCGUGCUUGAUACCGCUCGCUGCCGUCGACGGCAUGGAAGUGCUCACGGUGGAGGGCGUCGGCAGCACCAAGACAGGCCUCCACCAAGUGCAAAAGACGCUCGUUGAAAAGUCGGGCAUGCAAUGCGG